GAUUUUAUGGUAUUUUAGAAAACAUGUUGUAUCACUACAGUAUAUUAUAAUAUUCCUAAUGGGACCUAAUGCUGUGUUGCUUAAUAGUGAUUUGACAGUUUUCGGGCAUGGGAGAUAAUAACAUUACAGCACCUUUGCCUUUGCCACACCGGCACUUGAGUCAGUGAACUCCGCCCCCUCAGUAUUUAAAUCCACAAUAUCACCAGGCGCUCAGCUUCACACUGGAGAACUUCAUCUUGACCAACACGUUUGGAUCCAUGGGGGAAAAAAGCUUCAGAUUCUGGGCUAUAGGCUGAAUACCAAGAAGGUUUCAUCUACAAUCUCCACUGCCAAGCUUGGAUAUCUGAAGCCAACAUCCAUCUUUGGGGAUCAUUGUUCUGUUUUUCCAUAUUAUUUUUUUUUUUCUAUUUUUUUUUUAUUUAUUUUUUUUUCCCACUCUUGGGAUUUAAACUUCGCCCAGUCCGUGUGGUCGCGCCCUCCUUCCCAGGGAGGGUGUAAAGUGAAAGUUGGCCCGGAGAUGCGGUCCCUUCUCCCGCUUACUGUGUAUUGCAUCAGCCUGGUUUCCCUCCAGCAGCUGCUGGCUCUGCCGGCUGAGGAGCUUCCCAACAAGAACAGGUUGGACCUUCUCAACAAGCUUAUCCACCAGAGAGAGGAUAAAGCCUCAGCAUCAGGAAGCCAGACUCACAUUGUCGUCCCCUCUUCGGCCCCCAGCCAAGCUCUAAAAUGGCUGCCUGGUUUCCUGAGACACCAACCAGCUUCAGGAGUGAGAAGAGCCUCGCCAAGCCUGGCGUGGGCACAACCCACUGAUUCUUCACAGGCCGAGCGGAGGGUGCUGAGAGCUCGACGCCAUGCCCACUCAGGAUCGCGAGGUGGUCACCACUACCCCCAGCAUGCCCAGCUGAUGAGAGUGGGUUGCGUCCUGGGAACCUGCCAAGUCCAGAAUCUCAGCCACAGGCUCUAUCAGCUGAUUGGUCAGAGCGGCAGAGAAGACUCAUCCCCCAUCAACCCCAGGAGCCCCCAUAGUUAUGGAUGAGUUAGUUGACACCCCCAAACACCCACAGCAAGUCUAUCUAUAUCUCCAUUUAUUUAUCUCUUAAUAUAUUACUGGUAGUCUUUGCAUUAGAGUUUGAUGUAGUCCAUAACUUUUGUUUUUCUAUCUCAAAAUGACAAUUAUACUCCUCAUAAAUGACUGUUGUGCCUCUCUAUUUUUUGUGCUGACUGAAUUCAAGAUCAUGACUGACUGAAUCGUCUUUGAAACCCCCAAUCUGAGUUAUCUCCCACCAUCCUUUUGGCUUUUGAAGGGCGUUCAAGUUUUGUCAAAUAAUUUUUUGGUUCUCCCUCCUGAAUGCUCAGAAGAAGCCAACGGGCCUCAGUUUGACGUCUUAAUCCUGUUAAUGUAAGAAUGAAGGCUUGUCCUCAACACCAUCCGGUGGCCUGGUCCUGUCUGCCAACUGACCUCCCCACCGGUGGUUAUCUCGCGGCUCGUUGAUCAAACACUUAAGCCCCUAAUGUGGAUUUCAACGUGCACUCAGAGCCGGAGCCUUGUCAAAACCAAUGUCGUCACAAAGACCUUGUAAAUGACCCAAUGAACCCUUUUACCUCUGUUUUUGUGCCCCCCUUUUUGUCAACUUUGGAACUCCCAGGUCCCAGGUUUCACAACUGCAUAAACAAUUUUAAUGUGAACACUGACAUCCCUGGAGUAUUCCAUGAGCUUUCAGUUGAACUGGGAAUUCGUCACUCAGCAGGACUUUGUGUUUCAGGACCACAGUUUACAUUUGAAACCAGCCACGGCACUUAGGUUACACCCGAGUUUAAGAGCAUUCCGAGUCAGGACUUAACCACAUUAACUCCAUGCUGAAAAUGAAAAAGAAGAGGGUCAGUACUCAGUGCCUUGGAAGGAAUCUACACAGAAACUGACUUCCCGAAGGAUCAGUUUCAAUGUUGCAUUACAGUGGCCUGUACACAGUAGGUGGCAAAGUGAACCUUGGAGCCAUGGAUCAGGGCUCUGUCGCACCACUGCUGGCAUUUUCCCUGCUGGAGGCCAAGUCUGAAAUAUUAGCCCUUUCACGUGAUUCAUAAGUUCCCCUUGCAAGUCAGGACUUUGAGUUGACAGCAUUUUAAUAAACCUGACCUAAUCACUUCAGUCAUAUGUGCCGCCACAGCAGGGAAGGGGAGGGGAGGCCCUGAGCCUCCCAUGGUCUGCACACUCAACACUAAAUAUAAAGAGUGUGAAGUUUGCAGAUAUUAAAGGAUCUGUUCACCACAAAUACAAAAAACCCAAACAAUUUCCCCUUCUUUUCUCAGUGUAUUUUGGGGAUUUUCCAGUGUAACAUGGAUUCUUAUUCUGGAAAGAAAUAUGGCAAAAUUCCAUUCACCUCCAUUGUAUUGGGGUGGAGGUAGAAAUCUCAUAUACAGAUAUCUCAAAACAUGGGCAAAUAAAACCAAAAGUAACUUUGCUAAGUGAGAAUUUUUUCUUUCUUUCCUUUUUUUUUUGUAGUUUGGUUAAACCCAACCCAAUUCUGUGCCAAAAAGAAAAAAAUCUGCUUACAUUUUACAAAAUAAUUACACUGGGCAAGCAAAGUGGACAGAGAGUUUUGGAAAUUAUGAAAUAAGUGUCUUCUCGGAGUGUUCUUACAAAUUAAAAUAUUUUUCACCCCCCCUCCCCCCAUACUUCGCCCAAUUGGAGGCCAUAAAAGCUCUAAAAGUUGGCAAAUCCAACAAUAAGUCUUCUAAUAAAACACAUUUGCCAUGAGAUAUGGUGGAUAACAGUAAUGUUGAAGAAGAAUGAAUAAAUAAAGGUCAACUGUUCCUUACAUACACUGUCUUAUAUACACAAUUCUGUCGGCAGCAACGGGCAACUUGUUCAUAUGUAGUAUUUUGAAUGGGUUUAAAGUCGUCCUGAGACGACAUCUAAAAGCUCUACUGUUACUUUGCGGGUUUUUAAUGAGAGACCACAGCAACCAAAAUGUUAGGUGUGAGAGUGCCCAAUUUCAGAUAUGUACACAAAAUAGUGUAGCACCAUCAAAAAUACAUGCCCUGAUGUUUCCUUUUCGCUAUGUAAGUCUGUCUCUGAAAUGGUGGGCGGAUGAUGGACUGAGAAUAACUGAGGUCAAGCUCUACUCUUCAAGCAUGCAAAAAUCUGACAGGCCUUAAACUUUCCAAAAUGCAACCAUACCUAUAAAACCCACAUUUUUGGCAAGAAACAUAAUUAUAUUACAUAUUAUUUGCAUACUUCUAAACUUCUAUUCCAAGACUUUACUAUAUGGUAGCCUGACCUUAACUUGCAGAGAGUGGUGGAGUGUUUCAUAGUAGGAAUACAUGCCGAACUGUCAGCCCACUUUCUGAUUUAUGUGCACAGUCAUUUAGCUUAUUAAUUGUUCAAUCACAGGAGUAUUUUAGCCUUUGUUAUUUUUUCAUAUAAUUUCACAAACAUGAAAGUUUGGUAUUCCUAAGAGCAUUAGUUUAAACUCACCAAAUACCUGGUAAUACUUGACAAAGCAAAUUACUUUACAGAUAUGUGAUCUACAUCAUACAAUAAUGUAUUCUUUUAUAUCUUAAUAUGUGUCUUCUGAUUUUACUUUGUGUCUUCAGCCUAAUUUUAUUUCAUCAACACUGUCAUAGUUAGUCUCUCAUCCCCAUCUCUUUUUCUCUUUUGUCUGUAAUUAUGGGGGCCUGGAGGUCACAGGGUAAUAAUCAGUGGUUCCUUAGUCUUAAAUCUAAUCUGUUCAAAGGCUUGCUGAGGUGAAACAUGCCAUUCUCUCUGCUGUAAUGGAGCUAAUCAAUGUCUCGUGACGGAUCAUUAAAAGGAUUAUGAAACGCUCUAAAACCCUGGUGGAUCUCUCUACUUUUUAAAGUGUACUAUUUCACACACAUGAUGUAUGUGUGUGCGUAUGUGUUUGAGGACACUUAUCUCCUGUGCUCUGGAGCAUUGUGCUCCCAUCCUGUUUUCCCGCAGUAUGUUUUUGUGACAUCAGACGUUGCGUCAUGUCGAGUUGUGUGAGCAAACUGCCCGACCAUUAGAAACAUCGAGAGCUUUCAUGGCUCUCUAUUGCAAAGAGGAAUGAGUACAGAGUUAGUGUGUACAACAAUUUCUGUUAGUUUUGUAAGAUCCAGUAGAUCCAGGUAGAUCUGUUUGUAGGUUUGUUUUUGCUGAAAGUCACAUGAUCUCCUUUAGGGUCACAUGAAAGCACUUUAAUCCAAACACGUUUGUCGAUGAAUAUGACAUUCCCAUCCCCAUGUGAAUUUCACUCAUUGUAAUGAACUUGAAAGUGAAAGUUGGACGGGGUUCCUCUUGUAAAUGUUGCAUUUGAGAUUGUCUGCGAAUGGGUUUGAAGAUGUCAGUGCACUCCAUGUGGCGUCAGGAUGACUGGGAACGUCGUGUGCACCUGUGAAUAUAUAUAUAUAUAUUUAGCCAAACUAUUUAAAGAAAGUGAUGUAUUUAAGUUAUCUUUGUAUGUUCAUAUCUGUGUGUCACCAAAGACUAUUUAUCUCAUCUUUUCCACUGCUCCUUCAGCAUGACCUUAUGGUAGGAAAAGAAAGCCUUAACUGUAGUUAAAGUGUUACUGUUUGUCAAUGUCCUUCACUCUGUAAAAUAAAGAACUAUACUGUA